AUGGUGAAAGCCGUGGGCCGCUUCAAGAUUCCAUUUAAAAUUCUGAAGGGGCACGAGUAUGUUGUGAGUUCCUGCCACUUCUGUGUGAAUGACACAAAGCUCCUCAGUGGCUCCUAUGACUGUACCGUGAAGCUGUGGGAUGCUGAGAAUGGAUCUGUGAUUCGGGAUUUUGAGCAAAGGCCCAAAGCUCCUGUGUUAGAGUGCAGCCUAAUUGUCUCUGUGCUCAAGGCCCACAGCUGUCAUUGUAUUUCCAGAAUCAUUGCAGCAUCCUAUGACAAGACAGUGAGGGCAUGGGACCUUGAAACAGGCUAGCUGCUGUGGAAGACCAAGCAUGACACCUUCAUAUCGUCCUGUAAGUUUUCUCCUGACAGAAAAUACGUGGUCUCAGGCUUGGAUAUAAAUUGUGGAAUCUACAUAAUGGAUGUGGAAAACAUCACCACCAUGACAUACAUUGAAGACCAUCACAGAAGGUCGAUCACCACAUGCUGCUUUGACCCCGACAGCCAGAGGGUGGCUUCCAUCUCGCUGGACAGGUGCAUCAAGAUCUGGGAUGUCACCUCCCAGGCCACGCUGCUCACCAUCUCCAGGGCACAGGAGAGCGCCAUCUCAAACUGCUGUUUUACCUUCAGUGGCCUUUUCCUGUGUACAACCUCCUGGGAUAAAGCCUUAAACAUAUGGACUGUCUACGCAGGAGAGUUUCGAAACCGUGGCGCCUGUGUGACUCUGAUGCAGGGCCACGAAGGCUCCGUGAGCUCCUGCUGCUUUGCCAGAGACAGUGAGUGAUGAACCCGUGCCAGGCUCUGUUCUCCAAGGCUGCUGGGUGGAGUUCUUCAUAUUCCAUUCAUAUGGACUUUCCUAAGAUCAGACCGGCGAUUUCCAGUGAAGGAGGAUUUUUUUUUUUUGCAGUGAGGACAAAACAAAUCAUAGGCACAAGUUUGUUUAUAAGCAAUGGAAACUCAACUCAACAUGGGUCAAGUAACAAAGGAAAAUUAUUAACUCUCAUAAUGAAAAGUUCAGAUGCAGGUGUGACUUCAGGCAAGGCUGGAUGAAUUUCUUCUUUUUUUUUUUUUUGAUGAAUUUAUUCUUUGAACAAACUUUUUUUUUCUUGGUACUGGGGAUCGAACCCGGGUCCUCAGCUUUCAAGGCAGGUGUGAACAAACAUUUAUUGGGCAACUGGGGAUACAACCCUGAAGAGUAAAAUCCUCACCCUGUAGCAGCUUAAAUUCUAGGAGAAGAGACAAGCCCAGUGUAAAGAGACAGGAAGAUGUGUAGUAAGUCCCAUAGUGACAGUAAUUUGAAGACAACUGACACAGGAAAGGGGUGGGAGUGUUGGGGUUUGCGGUAUUUAAAGGGUGGCCAGGAUGGGACCCGCUAAGAAGGUGACCCGUGCGCAGCCUGGAAGGUGGGAGGAGGUGAGCCAUGCAGAUGUUUUGGGAAGGACCUCCCUCCGUGGGAACAGCCUGUGCGGGACCCCUGGGGCAGUGAGCCUGGCUGGCGUGGCUAGGAGUGCAGUGAAUGCGGAGGUGUGGCGGAGACGAGGCAGCACUGUGUGUCCGGAGCAGAAAUGGUCAGACACAGCUGGACACCACAUGAGCUCCUCUGGUCCAGCUGCAGACCCCCGGCCAGGCCCCCUGGGCCCCAUUCCUGUGCGGGAGGCUCAGGAACUCUCAUUUCUCUAGGGCGAGUGGAAAGCAGAUGAGACAGCUGAGCUAGGCCAUCCCCAUCCUCUCUUCUGUGCGCUGUGGCCAGAGGCAGGCCCAGGACCCAGGGGGAUGCUGAGCACUCGCAUUAGCCAAGUAGAAACCCGUUUUGUUCAGAAAUUGUGCCUGCCUGCUUCUCUUGGUUCUAUAAAAGUCAGGUGUCCCCAGCAUGUCAAGGUGUCAGAAUGUUUCCUCAGCCCUACAAUUCCACUCUGCACAGAGCAGUGGACAGGGAUGCACAGUCACCCCUGUCUUCCCACCACCAAGUGGCUGCCCUCAAGCCUACCCUCCAUACUGCUCAGGCUUGGAGGGGAAGAGGGAACAGAAGCCUGCCCAAACCCACUGGCAUGCCGGGUCCAUUCUGGAGGACUAGGGACUCCAGAGAAGAAGCCCUUGCCUCGGCCCAGCCAUGGAAGCUGGGUUGAGCUGGGGGUUGGGUGGGGAAUUUCACCUUCAUCCCAUGAAUCUCCUCUGACCACCAUCUCCUUGCUCCUGUCUUAAAAUAUUUCAUGUCAGUUUUUAAGGAUGUGACAGGUCUUUCUCUGCCUUCGAACGUGACAGCUCCUCUGAAGUAUUCACCAGAUGUGUACUCUCCCAGAGAGAGGCAAGGGGCUCACCACUGGAGGCUUCACUGUCAUCAGAGGGGGAGAGCAAGGAGGACUGAUGGCUACCAGGCCCUUGGGGUGAGCUGAGCGUCAGCCACCUGUCAUGCAGGUUGCAGGGCUCUGCGGGGCCCCUUCUGUGGGGCCCCUCACCGCUGAGUGGGCGGAUCAGACCUGGCAGGGACCACGUCUUGGCCGGGCUCCAGCACCAGGCACCUCCUCAGUCCCGCAGCAUCCGGGGGGAAAAUGAACACUUUCGGUUUUCAUGCAUAGUAAAUCUAGAUUCCUUUGGAUAACAAGUGUCCAUGUGAAUUGUAAAAGCAGUUUUGCUCUUUCUAGGCCUUCUGUCCUGGUGUUCAUUCUGUCUCGUGUUUGGAACACAGUAUGCGCUCACGUUCUGGAGUGCACAGCUGUCCUGUGAGGUGGCCCCAGAGGGAUGGCACUGGCACUUCCUGAGGACAGGUUUGCCAAAUGCGUAUGAAGUCACGUGAGGCUCCUCUGUGGGCGAUGGCAACCCAUUGUGGCUGCUAUGGUUUGGCUAUGGUUUGUCCCGUUUGUGAGCUGGAAGCUUGGUCCUCCCUGCAAUGCUACCAAGAGGUGGGGGACCUCUGUAAGGUGAAAAUAGAAGAUGGGGGCACUGCCCUGGCACAGUAUUAAUGCCAUCUCUUGGGAGUGGGUUCGCAUCAGGAGUCUGGGUUAGCUACCAGAAGAGCAGACUGUUAUAAAGUUGGGUCAUCCACAUGUUUGGUUUCUUCUGCACGUGCUGCUUGCUGUUCUUACACAUGCUUCUGCCAUGUGAUGCCAUCUGCCAUGUUAUGACACAACACGAGGCACUCAUCAGAUGAGGCCACCUGGUCUUGAACUUUCUUGCCUGCAGAUCUCUAAGCUUACUAUCCUUUUCUGUAUGAAGUAUCCAGUCUUGGGUUUUUUUGUUACAGCAACACAGAACCAACUAAGAUACUGCUAAUUUUCCCAGGUAGCCACCUGCCCAGCACAGAGGAAGGUCUGAUUAGACAAGGGGUGGUACUGGCAUUUUCAUCACAGGAUGCUUCAUGAUCUCUACCCAGACUUUUCAAUGUCCAGAAUGCCUUUGCACAUGUGAGGCCCUCUUCCUUCUCCCACAGGAUACUGUACAACAUAAAUCAAUCCAGAAAGAGUGACAUUUUCAGUUAACAAACAUGAAGGGCCCCAUUCCAUCUGAUGUGGCUCACAUGAGUUUUGCCAAGUGUUCCUUGGUCCACUAUAAAAACGUGAUGCCUACCAUGUCGAUUGUCUGCCAUUCAACAAUUCUGUGUGUAAGUCUCACAAUCUGUAAUCAUUAUUUGAGCAGGUCCUGUGCUGGGCACCAUCCCUGUCUGUCACAGCGUGGGUGACCGCUCAGUAUUAUCAAGCUGACUGCUCGAUAUUUAUUCACCUACUUAUAAGACAUGAUGUAUGACAUGGUCAAAGCUCCACUUGUGGCCUCUGUCCUCCUGUUGGUUUUGAGGACUUUCCACACAUGAAGACGCACACAGCUGUGAAUUCCUAGGGCUGUGCUGGACACCUGGACUGUGUAUGUGGACACUGCCCCCACUGAUGGGCACCUAGGUUGCUGUUACAAAUAAUUCUGGGGAAAUCUUCCUGGGCCUAGACUUUUAAAUUUUUUUUUAUUUAUUAGUACCUGUGUGUAGUACACAAUGUUAACAUUCCUUGUGGGGAAUUAAUGCAUGUACAUAAUACAUCUUAAAUCCCUUUUUCUUCCCCUUUCCCUUCCUCCCUCUCCUCCCUCAGUCUCUCCGCAAGACUAACACUUCUGCAGCAGAAUCUCCUACAGUAGAAAAGGUGGGGACAGGCGCUGGCAGGGGUUGGCUUCGCUGCCGCAGAGGCCCUCUGGAAAGUGUUGGGACCCAGUGGCUAGUGUCCCCAGUGAGGAGUGAGGAGACCCCAGGGGGCAAAUGGGAGCCCCAGGGACACCUCCCACAGGAAUAGCUGCUUCCAGGCCGUGGUCCGGGCUUCUUGGAAGUGCAUGGUCGCUCGGAAACACGUAAAGGCUUCAGUUUGAGGGGAAAGAUGGGGAAGUACCCUCGACGCUCUCUGACCCGGCAAGAAGCGGCCCAAUUGAAGUUCUGGGCCCCCAGGGUUGGCAAGGCAGGAGGCCUCAAGGCGCGGUGCGGAUGGAUCCGAGGCUCUCUCGGGUCCCCGUGCUCCCCCCCGCCCCAGGACCCGGCAGCCUGGCGGCCUGGGCAGAGCUGGCGUUUUCGAAUGAGGGUGGAGUUCGGGCCGUGCUUCGCUGGGUCAGUUCUGCAGCGCAAAAAGCCCGGAACUGAGACGAGCAUCCUCUGAAGAUAGAAUAAUACGAGAUCUACGCAGCAAGAGACUUUACAGAGAAAGGAAACCAGCGCCCCUCGCCCCUGCGUACGGCUCCAGCUCCCAGCCUUUCAUACAUCCUUAGGCUGCGGCAGGCCAGGCACA